UCAUAUUUAUAAACGCGGGUAUUAUCUAUUUAUUCAUACUUCAUAUCAAAAGCAACCUGAGAGCAACGUACGCUUGUAAAUCUGUAGUAGGAAACAUCCCAAUAUCACUCUUACUCAUGCGUUUAAAGGGUUUGGAACAUUAAUGGAUAUGGCUUUGCAAUAUUUCAAAGUGAUAAUUGCUGCCAGUGCAUGCCUUUCAGAUGUUAAGAUAUUGGUCAUAGGAAAGGAAUGCACAGAAUCCGAAUCAACUGCGAAGGCUGUCCAAGUUUGCCCCAAAACAGCUGCAGAGUGGGCGACUGCAGCAUCAAAGAAAGGUUGUCAUAACAUGAAAAACAGCUGCGGGUCAUUUGAGUACCACUGUGUGAUUAAUGCCUGGCAGAAUGAGACAAUAGAAGUGUGUUCUACAGUCAUAAAUAUUGUAGGUAAAGAGCAAUAUCUCCUUAUAGGAAACGUCUGUGCAGAAUACAGUUUUGGUGGACGUAGAAUCCAGCGCAAUAGUAAUACAAAGUGCGCAACAUGUCCACCUGUUUAUAAAUCAAAUGAAAGUUACAAAUAUUCAGAAUGUUAUAGUCAAGCCUAUCAACGUCGAAAUGCAGUGAGACCUAAUAUCAGCACGUCUUCUAAAGUAUAUACGACAAACGAGGGUAUAAUCUUAACAUCGUCACCAGUCCUUGUUCAUAUCCAGACAGGGCUUGCGUCAGAGUCACAGCUCGCCCCUAACAUUAAUCACACAAACGCAGAAAAUCAAAAUCUGGAGUCAUCCCCCGAAAAUACGGUUCUACUUGGUUUGGGUAUAUCCGUGGCUAUAACAGUUAUCAUCCUUUGCCUGAUAUUAGUUGCAUACAGAUUUUGCAAAGAUAGAGACAGUUGUUCCUUGAAAGGUAUUUUUUCAUCCCUGUUCAAAACAAAGUACGAAUCUCAAACAUCACGGCAGACAAACAUCGAUGUUGAAGAUGAUGAAGUGAAACUUAAAGACGAGAGGUUCACAGAAGAACAUCCAUUGACAGUAGAUGUAGUCUGAGUGAUAUCGUAAAGGAUGUGUAUGUUGAGUGAAUAAUGAAAUAUCAAAAUGAAAUGAUUAAUGGCAGCUUAAUAUUAAUUAAUUAUAAUGACAGUUAAACCUGAUUGACAACUGGCAGAUGAUGAUUGACUGACUAAUGGCGGGUUGAAAUUGACAAUGAAAGAUACAUUUUAAGACUAUGUUCCAUAUUAUAAAGUUUUGGAUUGACUAACUGAUGUGAAAUAGAGAUUGAAUAACUGAUGUUAGAUAUCUUUAGUGAAUGAUGCUACAAAUUGAUUGAGUUAUGUUAGAAAAGAUUGAUUGAGAGAUGUUAGAGAUUAACUGAGUGAGUUUAGAAGAACUUGACUUAGUGAUGUUCGAUAUUGACUGAGUGAUGUUAGAGAUUGACAGGGUGAUGUUCGAGAUUGACUGAGUGAUGUUAGAGGUUGACUGAGUAAUGUUAGAGAUUGACUGAGUAAUUUUAGAGAUUGACUGAGUAAUGUUAGAGAUUGACUGUGUGAUGUUAGAGAUUGACUGAGUAAUGUUAGAGAUUGACUGAGUAAUGUUAGAGAUUGACUGAGUGAUGUUAGAGAUUGACUGAGUAAUGCUAGAAAUUGACUGAGUGAUAUUAGAGAUUGAUGGAGUUAUUUUAGAGAUUGAUUGAGUGAUUUGAGAGAUUGACUGAGUGAUGUUAGAGAUUGACUGAGUAAUGUUAGAGAUUGACUGAGUAAUGUUAGAGAUUGACUGAGUGAUGUUAGAGAUUGUCUGAGUGAUGUUAGAGAUUGACUGAGUAAUGUUAGAGAUAUACUGAGUGAUUUUAGAGAUUGACUGAGUGAUGUUAGAGAUUGACUGAGUGAUGUUAGAGGUUGACUGGGUGAUGUUAGAGAUUGACUGAGUGAUGUUAGAGGUUGUCUGAGUGAUGUUAGAGAUUGACUGAGUAAUGUUAGAUAUUGACUGAGUGAUGUUAGAGAUUGACUGAGUGAUGUUAGAGAUUGACUGAGUGAUGUUAAAUAGAGAUGUUUUGACUGAUGUUCGAUGAAUGUUUGACUAAGGGAUAGUAUACUAUUGAUAGAUCAAACAUUUUGAGUGUUGGCAGCAAUAUUUCAUGUCAUUGCGUUUUUACCAUUUACCUGUUUGCAACUAUCCAUUUUGUUACACCUGCUUAUUUGUUCUUUAACGUGGAAACAUGCACCAGUGCCAUAUUUUGUUAAAAUAAAUGAACUGCAAAUUGAAACUAUA